AUGGUGGAAGUCCUAGAGGAAAGGAGUAUCGCCGAAAAGGAGCAAGUGAACUACAUUGGGCAGCAGCGAGCUUGGUUCAUAGACAUUCUGGCAUACAAGGUUCAUGGCUCGCUACCAGACGACGAAGUGCAAGAUAAGAAUGUAAAGAAAGACGCCAAUUGGUACGUGAGAAAGCUGGAGGAGCACAAGGGCCAAUGGGCUGACCUAGUCCUAGAGGUCCUAUGGGAAAACAGAACCACUAAGAAAGAGUAUACUGGUAAAAGCCCUUUCACACUGGUCUAUGGAGCUGAUGCAGUUGUCCCAAUGGAAGUGCAGAUUCCUAGCCUGAGGAUACAGCUUUAUGAAAAACAAAGAAACAAAAAGCGCAUGCUAGAAGAGCUAGACAUCCUGCCGGAAGUAAGGCUAAAAGCAACCCUAGAGUUGGCAGCCCAGAUUUCCAAAGCUUUCAAUAAGAUGGUCAAGCACAAGGAGCUCCUGCCUGGAGACUUGGUCCUUAGAAGGAAAGCAGCACUAGGAAGAGGAAAUCAGCAUGGAAAGUUGUCAGCCAAUUAG